AUGUCGAUGACCAUUGAUGACUGCGCUCCUGGUCGAGAAGGGUUUCCCCGACCUUUUCCCAACACGCCUUCAAAUGUUCUGGAGCAAUUCCAACUAGGGGGAAAGGUUGUGGUAGUGAACGGUGCUGCGGAUGGAAUCGGUCUGGCUGUAGCGGAAGCCAUGGCGGAGGCUGGCGCUCAUGUCGUCUUGUGGUACAAUUCAAAUGACGCAGCAAUUCAAAAGGCACAAGAAUUGGCUAGCACGCAUAAGAUUCAGUCAGCUGCUUACAAGGUCGACGUCUCCGAUGCCACCCAAGUCUCCAAGACCAUCGACCAAGUGGUCAGUAAUUUCAAGAAGAUCGAUGUCUUCGUGGCGAAUGCAGGCAUGGCCAUUUCCAAACCGAUCCUCGAACAGACCCUAGACGAAUACCACAAGCAAAUGUCGGUCAACGGUAAGCUUGAAAGAACCCUUGUCGUAAUCCCACCACCCGGAAAUUGGCGUACUCCUAACAUUUACCUCAAAGUCGAUGGGAUCGUCCACUGCGCCAAAUAUGCCGGCCACGUCUUCCAGCGUCAAGGGUUCGGCAAUCUGAUCAUCACUUCCAGCAUGAGCGCCCACAUCGUCAACGUGCCCGUCGAUCAACCCGUCUAUAACGCCACCAAGGCAUUUGUGACUCACUUUGGAAAGUCUCUCGCUCGCGAAUGGCGAGAUUUUGCCCGUGUGAAUAUUGUCUCGCCCGGUUUCUUUGAUACCAAGAUGGGCGCGAGUCCGCGCUGCGUGAAUGAAGCGUAUCGUAUGUCUGCUUUGGGAAGACAGGGACACGUGAAGGAGAUCAAGGGAUUGUAUCUGUACCUUGCGAGUGAUGCGUCGACGUAUAUGACUGGGAGUGAUGUGCUUAUUGAUGGUGGCUAUGUCCUGCCGUAA